CACGCACACACACCCGGAAGGCUCGGCAGUCAGAGAGAGAGAGGGCAGCAUGAACCGCUUUAAGACCUCCAAAUUCAAAAACACCACUCCGAAAAUCCCCAAGAAAGAUGAGUGGAUCAACAAUGUCCGCGCCGGUUCCUUCUCCUCCCAGGGGAACCACAUCAAAGCCAGCUCCAAGCUUGUGGCCUUCAACACCGAUCAGGCUGGUGGAGGUUUGCUGGGCCUGUCUUCAGUCAAACCCGGUGCAGAUGGCCAAUGGACAGUCGCUCAGAUUUCCUGCCACUCUGAUUUAAUAACCGAUAUGGACUUUUCACCUUUCGAUGAGAAUCUGCUGGCAACAUGCUCCGGAGAUGAAAUGGUGAAGCUGUGGCGUCUGUGUGAUCCAGAGCUGGAGCAGCCCAGCAGCCCCGAGCUGACCCUGCAUCCAGGGCAGGGCCGGCUGGAGCUGGUGCUCUUCCACCCCACCUCCUCUGGGUUACUGGCUGUCGGCAGCGCCAAGUCUCCUCUGAUUUGGGACACCAGCCGCCAGGACGCACCCUUAGCAGUUCUGGAGCAGCACGGUGACCAACUGCAGAGUCUGAGCUGGAAACGGGACGGCUCUCUGCUGGCCUCCUCCUGCAAGGACAAGAUGUUGCGAGUUUUUGAUCCCAGAGCCCAGCUGACACCUGUUCAGAGUGCCAAGAGUCUCCAGAGCAACAAGGACUCACGCAUCCUGUGGGCCAAAGACGACUUUCUACUGACCACCGGCUUUGAUAUGAGCCGGAGCCGAGAGGUGAGGCUGUGGGACAGCAGGAAGCUGAGCUCGUCUGUCGGCUUCGCGUCACUCGGCACUUCCAGCGGGACGCUGAUCCCUCUGUUUGAUGAAGACACUGGUUUGCUCGUGCUGGCCGGACUGGGAGACACGGUGAUGGAUUGCUUCGAAGUCUCUUCCUCGGAGCCGCUCCUCUCUCCAGUGAGCCACUGUCUCGUGGAUCACCCGACCCGAGGCGCCGCCGUGGUUCCCAAACUGUCGUUGGACGUGAUGUCCUGCGAAGUGAUGCGUGUGCUGCAGCUGACGGACGGCUGCAUCGUGCCGGUCAGCUAUCAAGUCCCUCGCAAGCGUUCGGGCCAGGAGUUCCAUGACGAUCUUUACCCAGACACAGUGGGUGCUACUCCCUCCAUGUCUGCAGAGGAGUGGUGGCAGGGAGGGAACAAGCAGGUGGAGAAAGUCAGCAUCAACCCAGACCGACAGCCCAAACCAAAGGCUGCAGCGGUAAAACAGAUGCCUGCAAAGAAGGAGGUGGUCAGUGUGGGGAGCAAAGAGGAUCCGGCUCGUGGCUGCUCCAGCUCCAGCAGUCCUCUGACGACUCCCAGCAGCAGCGCAGAGCCGUCCCGCUCUCCCUCCUCCAACUCCGGCCUCUCCUCAGGCUUCCUCCCCAGCCCCAGUGCCAACCAGAGUGCCAAGGCCAUCCAGGGCCUGAUGGGGCCGACCUCCAAGUUCCGCCACAUCCAGGGUGCGGUGAUGCACCGGGACACGCACAUCACUAACAUACGUGGUCUCAACCUGACCACGCCGGGCGAGUGUGACGGAUUCUGUGUCAACCGCCAACGCUUGGCAGUGCCGCUCGCCAUCUCUGGGGGCCAGAUCGCCAUCUUUGAGCGCUCUCAGCCUGGCAGGCAACCAGACACCAAUCUGCCCACCAUCCAGAACUCUGUGAAUGUGGCCGACUUCUCUUGGGACCCCUUCGACACACACAGGCUGGUCGUAGCUGGUGAUGAUGCUAAGAUCCGGGUGUGGCAGGUACCAGAGGGAGGACUGAAGGAGACCCUGACUGAGCCUGAGCUCAUUUUGCAAGGCCACACAGAGAAGAUUUACUCAAUCAAGUGCCACCCUCUGGCCAGUGGAGUCCUGGUGUCGUCCUCCUACGACCUCACAGUCAGACUGUGGAACCUGGAGAGCGGAGAGCAGGUCAAAAUCCUCACCGGGCACCAGGAACAGGUUUUCAGUAUGGCGUGGAGCCCAGACGGGAAGCUCCUGGCCACAGUGUGUAAAGAUGGGAAAGUUCGUAUCUAUGACCCUCGCAAGUCCACUGCACCUGUUCAGGAAGGUCCUGGUCCCGACGGCCCCAGGGGAGCUCGUAUACUGUGGGUGUGCGAGGGCAAGUACCUGCUGGUGUCAGGAUUUGACAGUCGCAGUGAUAGACUCCUCUGCCUGUACUCCGCUGACUCCCUGUCCUCCGGAGCCGUCGCCAGCACCCAGGUCGACAUCUCCCCCUCCACGCUCAUCCCUUUCUAUGACCCCGACAACAGCGUAGUCAUCCUCACUGGAAAGGGUGAUACUCGAGUGCACGUUUAUGAGAUCGUCACUGAGGAGCCGUACUUUAUGGAAUGCAGCAGUUUCAUGUCUCCAGAGCCGCUGAAGGGCUUGGCCUUUCUCCCAAAGACGGAGUGCAGUGUGCGUGAGGUGGAGAUAGCUGUAGGUCUGAUGCUCACCAAGACAGCUGUAGAGCCCGUCGCCUUCAGAGUGCCACGGGUCAAGAAAGAGUUUUUCCAGGAUGAUGUGUUCCCUGACACGGCAGAAUGCUGGAAACCGGCCCUGACCGCCUCCGCCUGGCUGUCCGGCUCCAACGGCAAACACAACAAGAUCAGCCUGAAGCCAAAAGACAUGACACCAGUGAGCGAAGCCCCCAAAGAGGCUCCGGUGAGGAAAUACAUGCCCUCGUCUUUCUACCUGGAGGAGAAGACAGACGAACAGAAGAAAGAUGAGCUGCUCAGUGCCAUGGUGGCCAAGCUGGGGAACAUGGACGAGCCGCUGCCACAGGAGUCGUUCGAAGGGGUCGACGAGGACGAGUGGGAUGACUAAAGGGGGGGGUGUUGUCUCGCCUCUGGUUCAAGCGUGGUGCCAACAAGCGGCGUGGAGAGGGACCAGUCUUGUGCAGCAGUGCCACUCAGAACGCCUCAGCCUACCGCACAAAUAAUAAAAUACUGCACAAUGUGAACAAAUCUUCAGCCAAGUCGACCAAUAACACACCUCCUGACAGGAUCACUGUAUGUAUCACGAUAUCCAUUCAGGUUUGAAAAAAAAUCAAAUGUCACAAUGUGUAGCUCAUGUUGAUCAAAUCAAACUUAAUGAAAUGUGAUAUGCCAAUUUUUUUUAUCGGGGAUUAUUAGAUGCUACAAAAAUUACUCUGGGAUGAAUUUGAUUUAUAGUAGCUUUCCAAUGAUUAUGUAAACUGCAAAAUUAUGUCACACUGUUACUGAUAUUUAGGAGGGGGGGUUGUUUUCUCAUGUGGGAUUAAUAGAAAUGAUGUGUCAGAAAGGUUCAAACAUAUUUCUGGUCAGUGCAAGGUGACUUCAAAGCAAUAAUACUUCUGCUUUAGGCUACACUCUCAGAAAAUGAAAACCAUAGACUGUAAAUAAAGAUGGACGACGUGUCUCAACUUCCUUCCACUAUAAAAAAAAUGAGGCCAAAAUCUCCCAGAGAGCAACACCCCCAUCUUGGGCGAUCAAGACAUUUCGGCUUCAUGUCGUCCAUCUUCUUAUACAGACUAUGGACUACAAACAAUGAUAUUAAAAUAAUUGAUCGAUUAAUUGAAUAAUUGCGGAGUAUUUUAUUCUUGCUCCUGUUUGUGUCUGUGGUCAAUGGCCAUGUUUUAAGCAUGAUAACACAUUCUCAGUCGUUGUGAUAUAAAUAACAAUGGCGCCCUCUUGUGUGAGGACACCUCGUGUAUCGUGUGCAACCUCGUAAUCUUUGUGGACAUUUGUCUCCACGGUGGACCACUCGCUUGCUUCUUCUCGUCACAAUGUGUCUAUAAAAAAAUGUAAUGUUGCAAAAAAAAUGAAGAAAUAAUAUGUGAGCAUCUCAAAAACACCUUGUCUUCCUGUUGAGUCAGGACACACACACGCAGACACACACACAGACACACUAUAACUGUAACAUGUUCAAGCCUUCAACAGCAAAAACCCCACAGGGGAAACCACAGGGUCCCCAGUGCUCAUGUUUGACCAUGAACUGGAAUUUCUACGUUCACAUUCACGUUUCCUUGUUAGCAAAUGUUAACAUAAAUAUGUGAUACUGUAUUUGUGCCAGUUGGAUUUGAAUGUUUUGCCUUCCAGGAAUAGUGUUAUGUAUAAGUAAGGGUUAAAGGUAAAUAAAAAAAAUGAAAUGUUGUUAUGCAUUGGAGCCAAACCACCUCCUUUUUUAACAGGUGAUUCUUUUCUUUUUUCCUCUGGAUGGUGGCGUUUUAUAAUCUAAUCUUUCUCUUUGGAAUUCUGUUUGUUUUUCAGACUGUUCUGGAGAUAAUCCUCACAGAAUUAGCUAUUUUUCUUAUCUUAGUAGCAAGUAAUCAUGGUGUUUAAUAAACAAUGACAUUACAGUAUUGAUAACGUAUACAGCCAUAACAGCCAUCGUGUUAUUUCUAAUCAGGGCUCUAGCAAUAUCGUCAAUAAUCCAGGCGGAGUUUGUUUACGACCUCUGAUGGACCGAAGUAACCCGACCAGUUCAGCCAUGCGUGAUCGUGCACAUCCUGUUGUACACGUGAACUGCAGGUGUUGUCAGUGCUUGUGCAGCGUAAACUGUGUGUGCUUGUGAUAUUUGGGUUGGUUAGACUUGCCUUCCAUUGUGUUUUAAAAGAUCUUCCUUUUUAUACAGUGAAUAAAGGGGUGUUGUUGUUUUUUUUGUAUCACUUGAGUAAAGGUUUGUGGUUUUUUUCCAAUCUUGUCUUUCAAUAAACACCUUUUGCAAUCAUU